AUGGUUGGUGUGUUCUUAAUGUUUGGAUACGCAAAUGUUUACGCUCUACGCGUCAACCUUAGCGUGGCUAUUGUGGUGAUGGUUGAAAAUCACACGGUCUCUAAAGACAACAGGGAAAUACAGGUAUUGUGUUAUUGUCAUGAGUUUCUUGGGGAGUAUAUCCUUGUGCUGAAAGAACUUUGUAUCGAUUUGUAUGUGAACUAGUAAGUAAUUCUUCAUAAAAAAAAGAUGUGACACCUUUGAUUUUUAACUGCUUUUGAUCGUUACGAACAUCACUACUUGCUGGCUACAAUUCACCUCCUUUUCAUAAUCGCCAGAAAAAAAAACAAUGCUCACGUAAUUCUUCUGUGACUGCUAGAAGAGACUCAUUCGCAUUAAAAACCUUUGAGUUCUUGUCUUUGUGAAAACGAUUUUUGUAGUUAGAUUUCACAUUUAAGCUUGAGAGAGAGUAAUGUAAAAAUUACAAAGAUUUGGCUUCUAAAUAUAAUUUUUACAAUUGUCACAAUGAGAAAAGUGCUAAAAUGGCGGUUUGAAACUGAAUAAUUUCCAUGCAGAAGUCGCCGAUCUACAGAAGGUGUCAAGCUUCUCCCUCGAAAAUGAUUAGUCAAUUUUUUUUCUUGACGAAAUUAAACCGACUAAAACGUGACGGAAAACUCAGAGGACAAAUUUAAAGUGCAGAGUAUGGUAGAGAGCAAAAAUUAAAGAAACAGAUAUUUACUUUAACGGUAGACUGAGAAUAGGGAGAUAUUCCCGCAAUCCAUACCUGUCCACCAAUUAUUAUGUCAAAACUUUAAUUGCGAGUAAAAACCACCAACUACAUCAACUUGAUCGUAGUACGAUGGAAAACAAGCUAAAAAUUAACAAAAACUAAGGGUAAAAGUAGUCAACUGGAAAUCCAGACAAAGGUUUUUGAGACUUGAAUGUUAACAGGCUUUUGUUGAAAACCUAAAUUGAACAUGCUUUACAAUAAGGAGGGUUGCCGUGGAAGCGUAUAUUGUAGACCUUUCCACGGUUUUCCAACUUUUGACAUGGACCAGUAAGGAAAAAUCCGUCGGCACCACUGGAAAGAGCGUAUUUAAUGAAAUUAGUAAAACUUCCGUAAAAUGCCGAAAAUAAGCCCCCCAAGCCGGUAAUGCAAAAAACCCUCCGUUAAAUCGCCCCUCCAAAUAUAAGCCCCUGGGGGCUUGUGCUUGAAAAACUGCCCUCAAAUACAAAGGAAAACAAAGCAAAAACGGUAAAUUUAUUCCAAAUAUAAAGCUAGCACAAUCGAUUUUGAAACGCAAAUUUCCCUCCGUAGAUAAGCCCCUCCUAAAAUAAGCUCCUCAAAAAGGACCUUAUUUUCGGAAUUUUACGGUACUAAGUUUGAAAGCGAUACGUCUUAAGUGAGCGAAGAAUAGCUUCGCAAACUUGCGAAAAUUUACAGUCGUUUGGAGGGCAAGAAUCAAACGUCUGUAAAAUUUCGCGACUUUCGGGAGCUUUAUCUUUGUUCACUAAGACGUACUUUCAAACUUGGCACUCCUACUACUUUAAAGGUGUUCUUUCCAGCGGAGUCGACGGGUUUUCCCUAACUUGUCUAUUUGAAAAGUGGAAGAAAGCCGUGUAAGGGUCUAUAAAGGUAGAACGGUUUUACAAGGAAUUCAUGAUAGAAGAAAGUUUAUGUUGAUCACUAUUCUAAACGUGGAAGUUACAAUCUAAACCUACACAACUAUUAUGCAAUAGCUGAAUCUUUGCGAUACCUAGCAUUUCACCCCAUAAAAUAUCCCUCAAAAUAUCCCGAACUUAUCAUAAUGAAAACUCAAGAGCAUCCCCUUAAUUUGAAACAUAAAUCAGAACUAGUUGAUACUGAGCUGAAACCCCGAUUUCCGGCAUUUUAAGUUCGGUCCUCACUAGCGAAACUAGCACAAACGUAAGAAAAGCAAAAGCCAGGCAGGCUAGGAGCGCAUAACCCAGAGGUGCUUUUACAGAUGAAAUAAAUUUAGCAUAAUUUUAGAGUACUUUUUCUCGCAAAAGUGGACGCUCCGUCCGAGUAUCUCAUUGUGCGCAUCCAUAGUACGAUAAUGACAAGAAAGAAAAAGUAGAUGCUAUCAAAACACCAGAAAUAUACUAUUUUCUAGUCUCCAGUUUUUACAGCCUGAUUGGAAGACUUAUUUGAUAGCCAAAAAUCUUGGGAAAAUCGAUCUGAAAAUUAACUAGUUUGUGAGAACUAGACCGGAGGGGGUUAUUCCUGCAAAGGUCUAUACAGAGAGGCCCUACCAGAAUACGAAAGGUAGGGGUUUCACCAGUUGAAGUGUACAUGAUGAAAGGGUAUAGGGAAAUCUGUCAUUUCGGUCUGUAAAAAGGCUCAAAAGGGCUAACAGAUUCAUUCUACCACUGUGAAAAAGUCGAAUAAAGUUCUGGUUUUGUGAUUUAUUCAUAUUUUAAAGCCAGUGCAUUUACAGCAGUUAAUUGGGAUGCAAAUAUCUAAACUAGGUAUGUGAAAAGGGUACCAAGGGUUACCUUUUGAAUUUCCGUCAAAAUGUGUUUUAAAAGGGUAACGGGUUGGACCUUGGGGCGGACCCCGUAUAAGAGUACCCAGCCAGGGAACUUGUCAUACGUAUAGUUAUGCUAAGCCCAUCCUUGAGGCCAUCCUCACUACCAACUAGCGCAUGUGCAUAAGCUCCUUGAUGCUCAUGCUUGCGUUGCUAAAGAGGACCAUUUUACGCUUUAGUGCAGAAGGGAGCCAUGUGAUAAUAAAUCAUAAAAUCCACAAGAACUCCCCAUACUACAUGCUUGAUAAAGAAAACCAGUUAAAUAAAAUUAACCAGUCUCGCUGUAUUGGGUUUGGUUUGGUUUUUGGGAAGAACUUUACACCAUAAAUUCGGGGCUUCAAGGAAUUUAUAAAAGCUAAUUAGCUUUCCCAUUGAAUUAUAUCUCCCCUGUGUCAGAGAAAAAGUAAACUCGUAAAUAGUGAAAUCUUCCAAUUUAAAUCAGAAAAUGCGGAAAGCUAGCCUGCGAGACGUAUUUUCCGGUCGUCGCGAAGAUCGGUAAUACGUCUGCUUUUGCAGAGCAGUAUGCUGAUAAAUUAUUCAUAGCUUUGGCAUCGAUUUCAUAUCUUUAUUGCUCAGUGCAAAAGCCUUUCUUCAUUAUCAAUAAGGGCUUGCUCACGGUCCUUUUCUUUUACACUAGGAAACUGCUGAAUUUUCAUGGAGCACCCAGCUACAAGGUAAUUGGCGUGACAGGUAUCUCUGUCAGGGGCACCGAACAACUGGUCUUCUUUUACAUACAUUGAAAACACUUUUUAGGCUAUCCAGAGUACUUUUAAAUUUCAAGAAAUGUAUUCUAAGCAGCGCUAUAAAAUUUGUAUCUGUUCGGUCAUCAUUUUGGUCAAAUCCUGGAUGCUGCGAAUACCGCUCGAGACCCUGAUAGGUUUCAACAGGAAUCGGCUCCUGCUUUCAGACAUUUUCAUUUGUUAUAUUUCCCAGGUAUCGUACUGAGCUCCUUCUAUGUUGGCUACAUGUUAAUGAACAUACCAGGUGGAUAUUUGGCGCGAAAAUGUGGUGGCGCCACGAUGAUUGGGUUGUCUGUGGGUGGCACAGGCGCCUUCACUCUUUUUACUCCUCUAGCUGCUCGGAUACAUGUGGGACUUUUGAUUGCACUGAGGGUAGCAGUAGGGUUGGCUGAGGUAAAAACAUAGUACCUAGUAUUUACUUCGUGAAGUCAUUUUACUGAUGCAACAGCGAUAGAUAUUGUAUAGACAAUCUUCAAGCUUGUAGAAUUCUUUGACUUGUUAUUCAGUUUUUAUUUCUAUUUGUCACUGUACGUGAGUGAUGACACCUCCUUGGGUGUUUCCCGGUUUUAGCUUAGUUGGUGGAUUACAGGUGUACUUGAGGCGGGUAGGAGGUCAGACCGCAGACGAGAGAAAAUUGCACAUGUAAAAUAAAAGCGCAAAGUGCUUGGAAGUUAAGAUUGUCAUUUUAGCUGUACACCAUUUAAUAGUUAGAUAUUACCCUCACCAAUACACUGUUAAUUUAUAAUGUUCUCUUUCAGAGCUCGUCAUAUCCAGCUGGCCACGCCUUCUGGAGUCUGUGGGCACCUCCCUUAGAGAGAAGUAAAUUAGGAGCUUUAAACUUUGCAGGUAAUUGUUCCUUUCAAAAUUAUGGAAGAUUUGCUGUUUUCCUAAACAGUUUGAAAUGCUGGCUCGAAAAAAAUUUCAAUACACGAAAAAUGAUUUUUCAGUCAGUGACACAUGCGGCUCGGAAGGAAAAAUCUGAGUGACCCCCAAUGGGAGUCGAACCUUUGAGCAUCUAGUUACUAGUCCAGAUGGAAACCGGUCGUUUCGAUACAAUAACUCAAGCAGUGAAAUUGCACAAAAAUGUUUUUCUCUUCAAGUACAGUAUGCGAGUGAACAGGAGACACAUUUUGGAUGAAUAUUUUCGUUCUUUAAGCCAAGCACUUGGAAUGAAUAAAUUUGUAUCGAAACAACCGGUAGGUGCUCUAACUGUCGGCUAAGCUAUCUGGACCAGUAAACAGGUGGUCAUAGGUUCGACUCCUGUAGGAAGCACUCGGAUUUUUUCUUCCGAACCGGCUGUGUCAAAUUCACCAUCACAUCUCUUGUCAUAUCAAAACACGUUUAAACUCAGUUCCAUUUUUACUCUUAUAGGAGGAAACGUGGGAAUAAUUGUCUCCAUGUUCUGUUCAGGAUAUCUUGCAAUCUACUAUGGAUGGCCGUCAAUAUUUUAUGUUUUUGGUUUGUAUUUCACCUUUGUGUAUAACUUAAAUGACAUGUACCUACUGUUGCCUAUUUACUAAGCCUCAGUAUUUCGCGCAGCCAAUGCCUGCCGGGUCGCGUGGUCCGCGCAUUCGCCUCGGAUACGUCAACGAAAUGUAUUGACCGAGAAGGGCUGGGAAAACGCCGUGCAGGGCUAACUAGGCAACACCUACUGUUCAUUUUGCAUCUCACGAUCAGAGCCUCCUUCUCUCUUCUUCUUGAUUGAGGCUCUGCCUGAAUUAACCUCUGGAUUGGUCAAUCUUGUUUUCUCUCCGCGUCAAACUAGUUUGUCGAGUUCAAACAUCCAUUUAUCGAUAAACCGACGGUUAUAACUGUUUUUAGGCAUGAGUUCGAAAAUUUUUCCUAGAAAACAAGCAGCGCAUGCUCAGCAAAGAAACUGUAUCUAAGCACAAUGCAGCGCAUGCUCAACAAAGAAACUGUAUCUAAGCAACAUUCAGCGCAUGCUCAACGAAGAUCUUACUAAUAACCAUUUUACUGAUAUUUCUUUUUGAAUCGACACGUUUUUAACAUCUCCUUUGCUUGGCUUCUUUAUUGCUUGAAUUGUUAAUCAGAGAUCUGUUCUCAGUAUUGUAGGUGUUAGGAUUUUGUCUGGACAGGAAGAUUACCCUGUCGAACUGGCUUUAAACAUAUACUGGCAGUUAAACUUGUCCAUAAAUCCUAAGCCUCUUGUGGAGCACUGGGAAUGUGAGUCAAGCGGGGAAAAAAUUCUUUCCGGGAAUGGAUUAACGCAAAGCGCUUCAAUAAGUGAAAGAAAGGAACGCAAACACAAAGGCGCGUGUCUGAAUCACAUAGUACAAUGUACGUUGACUUGCUUAUGAGACAGGCAAUCUAAGUUUCUCAAAAACUCAUGGAAUCAUGUCAAAAAGACCAAGUCCUAUGACACGUAUUGGUACCCCAGAAGAAGAGGAUGAGGGUCUUUAUAUCAUAUUUAGUUUUAUCUUUUUGUCAGGCGCUUGCGCUGUAAUUUGGUCCUUGGUUUGGCUUGCACUGGUGAGAAACUCACCCUCCGAACAAAGCUGGAUUACUCGAGAAGAAGUCGAAUAUAUUGAAAUGAGCUUAGCUGCGGACAUUCAGGAAAAGGUACUACUGACUUAUAAAAGCAACAACGGCAGAGAGACUAGACUAGAGUUUAGAAAUAUGCUGAUUACAAUACUCCCGUAAAAAGACCACAUUAUACUACGGAUGACACUGAUGACAAAAUUAGCCUUUUAUUGUUUAGGCCAGUGCAUCACGGACACGUUUGUGCUAUUUUGAUUAAUUAUGUAGUUAUUUGUCGACUUAAUAGGGGGCCAACGAAUAGUCCCACUUCAACAUCGACUUUGUUAAACGAUUUUGUAUUUAAAUUGUUGAAAUAGGUUUAUUCUUAUCCCCUAAAAAUUUUUCAUCCGUUCGCCGUGUUAAGUCUAUUCCGUAAUCUUCUUUUUCGAAAAUUUCAGCCAGAAAAAAAGGCUCAGUCGAGCCUUUCUAGGAAAAAGGUAGGCAACGAACGUUUUUUUAGAUGUUCGCCCGUGUUUUUAAAACAAAUUUUCGUCACAUUCUUUCUAAAAUAGUCUCCCGAUAUUCCCGAAAACUGUCGUUGCCCCCUAGCUCAGUCUCCGUUAUCGAUGAACAGUUGGGACACGUAGAUAUAUUUUUAGCAACUACUAUAAUUUGCAGUCUGUCUACUUUGAAUUGUAGUCGGGUUCUACUAAUUACACUUACACGAAACCUUACAUGACGCCAUCCGUAGCGACAGACGACAGGAAACAAUUUUCAAUUCCUAUAUAAUAUUUUUUGCCUUUUCAGAAAGAUAGCAAACUUGUGGCAUAGCCCCAUUUGAUUCGGAUAUUAGAAUCCUCGUUUAGAUUAAAUAAACUCUUUGCUGCUUUGUUGAUUUUUUUUUUAAUGAACAGCAUACUUCUAUUCCGUGGAAGGCAAUCUUCAGCUCACUUCCCUUCUGGGCCAUAGUGGUGGCUCAUUUCACCCAUGGAUGGGGACUAUAUACCAUGUUAUCAGAGCUACCCCUGUAUAGCAGUCAACGGCUAAAUUUGGAUCUCAAGGAGGUAUGUGGCUUUGUUGUUCCUCAAUUGGUGUUUCGGGAUAGGCUAUACCAGUGAGACACGGAAGGUAUUUUUUAGCGAGAUUAAAAGAUUCACGUUUACGCCAAACGGCAAACAUGAAUAUGUACCACGUGAAACGUGAAUAUGUACCACGUGAUCAAGUUUUCUGUUUAUUACUUCUACUCAAAAAUAAGUAGUUUCACGCCACUUUUAUCCAUAAGAAUUGUUCUGGACAGUUUUUAUCUACUUAUUUUCUGAUGUAAGAAAUUCUCAACUUGAAUCUCACUGAUGUUUGCUGUUUGCCGUAAACGUGACUCUUAAUCUCUCUUUAUUCAUGAUAGGUACACGAAAUGCUAGUUUAAAGAAUCGAUGUUUACCAGUGAGCUGCGUUUUUGUAAAGUAAAUAUGAUCCCCUGUCAGUUGUUGAUGUGCAAGUGCAAGUUUUGGAAUCCGACAAUCUACCUCAUGGGUCUUCGACGAAGAGUGAAAUUUGAAUCUUUUUAAGAAACUUGACUGUAUGUUCGGGAUUAGCCGAGCAACUCGCUGGGAUUAGGGAAUUUAUACUUCUACAUGAGAAAUUUCUGCAAUUUGAUUGGCUUAGAGCAAUACCUACAUGUGAAAAUUACAAACCUUUUGCUGAUAGUAGUAUAAACAAAUAAUAGCAUGAUUUGUACGUGAUAUUUGGCAUAAAUACCACUCGUGAUAUUUCAAAAUUGUCUCAAAUUUCACUCGCCUAUCGGCUCGUGAAAUUACGCAUAACAAUUUUGAAAUAUCACUCGUAGUAUGCCAAAUAUCACUGCAAAUCAUACUAUUACCUAUACGUGGAGCAAACAUUUUGGCUGGAAUAAAGGGAUUCAGAUACCUCGCGCCAAACAAAAAAACAAAACUGGUCUCUUCCUGCUGCCUACAUGAAGGCAAGACGGAUUGGUAUCAUCCCUAACAUUCUAAUGUACGGGUCUUUUUCGUUUUAGUGAGAGUCUGGGCCUCAAACCCAUAAACAAGGAUCGCUUCAAUCGAUUAGAGCAUUUCAAUCGAUUAGAGCAUUAGAUACGCUUUGUUAACUGAAAAUAAAUCAAUAUGUAAUAAAAAAUCAUAAGAAAAACGCAUUUUGUUUGAGUGUCAAAUAUUUCUCAUGGAAGUACUAACUGAGGACACUGUUUUUACGUCCCCUAUUGGAGACAGGACUGCCAUUUUACGUGGUCAUCCGAUCCACGCAAAAGUCUAGCCGUUUGCAGCAAACGCAGUCAGUCUUAAUUUCUCAUUUUUUAAAAAGAACUUGAGUUUCGAUUCGGUCCCGGGGAUCGAUUCCUCAACCUCUCCAUCUCCAGUCAAGAGCUCUACCGACUGAGCUAGUCCCGCAACAUCCUUUGUAUGAAUACUAGCAGGAAAAGAAAACAGAUUUUCUUCAUGUCGUGGAGAGCGUUCCAAUCUCUAAUAAUAUAAAAUACCUCUUCAUACCAACUCAGUUUUUAUUGGAGGACGGGUAGAAAAGUGAGUAAGAAAGGUACACUGCUCUGUUCUAUAUUGCCUACUUAUAUUUAUGCUUGAAAGUGUAUCUACUUUCAUCUAAAGCUGAUCGAUUGUUUAUUUGUUUGAUAAUAUUUCUUCCUUCAGACUUCCGUCGCUUCGACCAUACCUUACGUCGUUACGUUUUUUGUAAUGAUAGCUGGAGCUCAACUGGCGGACUACUUUCGUAAACAUUAUCUCAGUACAGGAACAGUGAGGAAAAUGUUCAAUACAAUAGGUAAUCCCCUCGUUUUGCUAUAAUUCAUUAAAGAUAUAUAUUAAUAAGAUAAUAAUACAUUUAACAAGUAGACAACAACUUUCCAUUCGCCACUUUAAAAACGAGAAAUGAAUUGGAGCCGAAAUGCGUCCCGCUAUGAAUUCUGGGAUCGUUGCUGCGGACGCGCCUGUCAGCUAUUGGCCAAUAGGCUCUUUGCAUGAUUUGAUCACGUGAUCAACUUUUGGUAAACACGAAAACAAUUCGCUUUUGAACAAUUUUAGUAGCAGGAACUGAGAGAGCAUAUUAGAAUUAGGUAACCUGUAAAUGUUUAGCCAUACAUCUCAAAAGCAGCGAUUGCAACGGCCGCCGAAAAUUAGAAUGAUUUUUGUGCUAAAAACAACUCUUGCCACCCAGUCACGGCGUUUGAGUGGUUUUCCAUACAAAUCGUUGUAAUCGCCCUGUCAUUGUAAAAAAGGUCUUGGAUAUCUGAAGAGAGGGAGAUCUCCUGCUAUUCUUUAUCAACGACCCCAGCUGAAACACGUGUUGAACUAAGAAUUGAUAAUAACAUGCUUUACACAGAGUAACCAAAACAACUGUAAAAGUUAUUAACUCUUCGUAACUAUCGGCGGUUGUACAAAGCUAAAAGAAUAACAGGAAGUAAUGGAAUAUUAAUUGCUAUAAAAAAAGUAGAUUGUCACUAAACACUGAUCCUUCCUUUUAAAAUAUUUUAAUAGGGUUUCUUGCGCCAGCUGUCUUUUUCCUUGUAGCAAAUUUUACCAACAAUCCUGAGAUAGCUGUGACUUUAUUCACUAUUGGGAUGGGACUGAACGGAUUGAUCAUCAGUGGAUUCGCUGUAAAUCAUCUUGACAUUGCCCCACCCUUUGCCAGUAUACUCUUCGGAAUAAGCGAUCUUGCAUCGACAUUGGGAGGAAUUAUUUCACCCACCCUGACGGGAUUCAUUGUGAAACACCACGUAAGUAUAUUUCAGCCCGUUCUCCGAUUUUUGCUGAGGGGAGGGGGGUUCUGUGCACAGACUAGUAUUUUUCUGAAAUAAGCAUUCUGCAAGACCGGAAACAGAGGAUCUCAGUGGGGUGGUAGCUUUGACGGUAAUUUUUUUCCAGUUUUGACGGUUGACGGUUAAAUUUUAGAGCUUUUGACGUUUGACGGCUAUUAAGUGGAAAUUUAGUCCCAAAGUUUAGGUAAGUGUUAACUUACGAUUGUUGAUUUGUAGGUUGUCUUGGCCUUUCACUUAUGUAAAAUUUUGAAAUACUAUGUAUGGUUUUUGAUGUAAGCAAGUUGUGUGGUCUUGGAAAGUCUAGAAAGAGUGUUUUCAGUUAAGAGAUUCUUCAAGAGCAAGAACCGCGUAAAGGUCAGCUGAAAUAGUGAGAUUUGAAUUACCUUAAAACUUUUUGAAGGUUAAUAUUAAUCUGGAUUUUUGACGGUUGACGGUUAAAUUUUAUGCCGUUUGACGGCUGACGGUUCCCCCUUACUACGACCCUUUCUCCACUUCACUACUCAUCCCAUCCUCUACAUCACUGCCAGCUAAUACAAAUGAGCAUCUCUUCCCCAUAAUCAAAUGAUAAUAUUUUUUCACACACAAAACAACAAAAAUAGCACUAAAACCUUGUAACGCAGAUCCUGGCGAGCUCUGGCGAAGAAGCCCCCUAAAGUGUUAGGGAUAGGAGGCUGGGAGAGAAAUAGAGCAAAUUGUCCAAGUAACAAGGGAGUGUGGGCUUCAACUCUGGCUCUAAUAUUGGAAGCUAACAUGCUGUAUAGUCAACAUCCUUUUGGUUGGAAUAAAUACGAACCAAGUAAAUUGGCUUUAAAAUUGAAGCAACACCAAGAAACACCCGUUUUUUUUUUAAUCGCGUGCGGGCGGACAGGCUUAGGGGUUGUGCAUGAAAAUCUCUGAUACCCAGGGUAGAAAUACAUUUUCACUUGUUAGAAAUAGAAUUGGAACUUUCACUUAUUUUCAAGCAUUAAGAGUCAAUUUGUUUUCGAGAAGGGAUUAAAAAUCGCCCUAGUUAGUAAAAAUAACUCCAAGGAAUUCAUCUUGCCUUGUUUUGCUUUCUUUCAACAGACUGACUUAGAGUGGAAGAUAGUUUUCAUAAUCAAUGGAGUAAUGUAUCUUCUGGGAGCUAUAUUUUACAUUGUGUUUGGCUCAGGAGAAAAGCAGUCGUGGGCUUCAGACAGAAAAUAUAAUAAUCUUAGUCAACAAGGUUCAGAUUGUGAAUGA